AUGCCGCAGCAUUACCUAGGAAUAGAUGUCGGCACCACUGCGAUCAAAGCGUUGAUCGUCGAUGAGUCCGGAUCGGUGGUCGGAGAGGCCGAAGCUCCGCAAGAGCUAUCUGUCCCGCAACCCGGAUGGUCGGAGCAGAAUCCGACGGAUUGGUGGCAAGGUACUAUCGAUGCGGUCCGUGCCGCUUGCGCGCAAGCCGAUAUCCGGGAUGUGAAGGCGAUCGGACUGUCGGGCCAGAUGCAUAGCUCGGUGUUGUUGGACGAUGCGGACGAGGUGCUUAGGCCGGCUAUAUUGUGGAAUGACGUUCGCACUACUGAUCAGUGUCGUUUCAUCACCGACAGAGUGGGCAAGACGGGUUUGCGCCGGUUAGUGGGUAAUCCUGCUCUUGAGGGCUUUACAGCGCCGAAGCUACUGUGGGUGCGCGACGAGGAGCCUGGUUUGUUCGACAGAGUGCGAACGGUGUUGUUGCCCAAGGAUUAUGUGCGGCUGUUGAUGACUGGAGUAAAGGCAACGGAUCCUUCCGACGCUGCGGGCACAUUGCUGUUCGACGUCCGACGGAACCGCUGGUCGGAAGAGAUGACGGACGCGCUGGAAAUUGAUCCGGCGAUUCUCCCGCCCGUUAGGGGUUCCGCAAGCGUAACUGGUGGACUCACCGCAGACGCGGCGGAGGCAUUGGGUUUGCGGGCUGGCACGCCGGUUGUUGGCGGAGGUGCGGAUAACGCCGCAGCCGCGGUCGGCUCCGGUGUUGUCGAGCAAGGCACGAUGCAGACCUCCAUCGGCACAUCCGGCGCUGUCGUGGCACCGAUCAAACGCCCACGCGUCGAUCCCGGAUGCGCAUACAUUCAUUCAACCAUGCCAUCGAAGACACUUGGUAUCUCAUGGGAGUCGUCCUGUCCGCAGGAGCGGCGCUGGCAUGGUUCAGUCGGAUGUUGGUUGGUCCUGAAGGAAGGCCGCCCACAUAUGACGAGUUGA